CCAAGGGUUUUGUCAUCUCCGACGAACGCGUAAAGAAAAAAAGCUUCAGAUUUCAAUGGCGAAAAAUAGGAACAAGAAGAACAAAAAUACCUCAUCUAUGGACUGUACCGAGGGGCCGAUAAUUUCAAGUAAACCUCAAGCUAUGGAUACAUCUGAGACUUCAGCUCCACGUCCAUAUAACCCUGACGCCAAUAGACCGAAGAUAAAGACUGUAGUGAUGAAGAAAACAAAGAAUAUUCGGAAGAAGAAAUCCAUUGCAAAAGCAAUAUCAAGAAAUGAGCAAAGCAAGGAGAAAGUCUUGAAGAACCUCACCAAGACACAAAGAACUCUAUCAGCAAAGAAGUUGUAUGACUGAAGACAGAAGCAGCAGACAAUGAAUUGCUAUAUCAGUUUUGUCAAUUAAAUCUCCAUGAUAACAAUUUACUUUUUUGUUUUAUUCAAAAAACAAGUAUUCUUAUAUAUAAUAUUUAUU